UGCGUGUGCGUGUGUGUUUGUGUACGUGUGGUGGCGGACAGACGUGGUUUUUAGCAACUGCGGCAUCUUCAACCGACGAGCAGUUGACACACAUUUAAAAACGCAACGUCAAGAGCACUAACUGCGUAGGUCGAUCUUGUGGCGAGCUUUGUGUAUUGUCCACAUGCCCAGGCGCUUUGCCUGAAAGUUGCACAGCAACAAUGCCAGAGUCCUCCCUUGAGGUCAGGGACAUUUGCAGCAGCUCCGUUGAAUGUAGACCAUCUCCCUUGGGACAGUUUAUCCCAUCAGUGAUGCCGCUGCACAGAAACCACAUUUACAGUACUUUCUGCACAGAGUACAAUGUGCAGGAAUGUUUGUCACACAUCAAUCAGGAGGUGUCAUCUCUUGGCCUCCCACCACUUUGGACAGAGUCAAGCGGCAGCCCAGAGGUGAAUGUUAUGGCUGUGCUAAAUUGCAUGUAUGACCUGAUUCAGCUGCACCACAAGGGACUCCGGACUCUGGAAAACAUUGAAGUGGAACAGCUGAAGUCCAUAAGCAAUGUGGACUCCCUGCAGCUUGCCAGCACCCAACUAAAAGAGCAGCUUGAACUGUCCAAAAGAGAAAAUACAGGACUGUUUGAGAGAGAACGACAGCUGCAUUUGAAAGUGAAGAGUUUGCAGAACUGCCUGAAAAAUGAAAAAGAUGAGGUGCAAAAACUUCAGAACAUAAUUGCCAGCCGGGCCAGCCAGUACAAUCAUGAGAUGAAAAGGAAAGAGAGAGAAUUUGAAAAAUUGAAGGAGCGCUUGAAUCAACUGCUGGUUGACAAAAAGGAGAAGAAACCAGCCAUUGAUGUUUUAAACAACAUCGGAAGAGCUGAUGGGAAGAGAAGCCUUUGGAAAACUCAGAAAACAGAAGCAAAGCAUGAGGUGGAGAUGUACAAGACUCUCCUGAGUGACUAUGAUACCCGACAAAGGGAGAUGCUGCUGGAAAAUGCAGAGUUAAAGAAAUUGUUACAGCAGAUGGAAAAAGAAAUGAAUUUCAUUCUGAGUUCAAAGAAACCAACGCUGAAGAAAGACGAUUGUAUUCAGGCUGACCCAGAGGAGGAAGAGCAAGUGUUUGAUUCCAGUAAAGAAAGUGUAGAGCUAUGUUGUGUUCACGCCCAGGAGAAGCUGACCAACAGUAUUCGCCUCCAGUGGAGAAGAAUAAAGGGCCAUGUUGAAAGAUUGGACAGCCAAGUUUUAGCUCAGAUGGAGGUGAAAAGAAACGAUGAUGCCGCAUCACCAGAGACUCAUGUGGAGGAGGUGAACAGACUGAAGCUGGAGAUCCAGCAGUGCAAGGACUUCAUUCAAACACAACAGCAGCUCCUGCAGCAGCUGCGCCCUCCGUGUGAAGAGGAGGCUGCAUCACUGCUCAGCGACUGCUGCAUGCUGCAGGAAGAUGAGCGCUUCAGAGAGGAGGGGGAGUCCCUCAAGGAGCAGAGGAAGUUCUUUGAGAGGGAGAGGAGGAACUUCACUGAAGCAGCUAUAAGGCUUAGCCAUGAGACAAAGGCCUUCGAGGACGAUCGAGCAAUGUGGCUCAAACAUCCGUUUUUAAACUUGAGUCCAUUUGCUGACUUCAGGAAACCACAGAUGUCAAAGUCUAAAAGUUGCUUGUUAAUGUCUAAAACGGAGUCCAGUGCCCCAUCGUCUCCAGAAAAGCUCAUCACGUGCGGGUCUGACACGACCCCCAUCACAACAGCAGACCUCUGUGGCACACAUUUCCAAAUCCCAGACAAAAGAUGAACCAAACCAACUUCUGUUCAACUUCAGAAGUAGUCUUCCAAGACUACUUCUGUUGUAGAAUCAAGCCUCCUUUUCAAUGGCAGUGUUUCAACGAAGCACAACCAGUGCAACGACCAUGAAGACAACAGCAGCCAAUCACUCCAAAGGGAUAAUACAUGCUCUACAUGAAGCCAAAAACUACAAUAUGUAUUUUAAAACACUAGAAAAUGGACUGCACAAUAGAUUAAACUGUUGUAGCCAAACAACACUGUUGAGUUGGGUGAUGAUUUGCUGUGCACUGUGUGUUUUUAUCUGACUGUUUUAUUUUUUUUAAUGAGAUAUAUGCAUUUAUUUAUUUGUGUUUCUUUAAUAAUUGGCAGGAAUGUCUUACAUAUAAGGCCUUGAACUGAGGCUAGUGUGAUUUUUGGCAAUGAGGGUGUGUCAGGAAAGAUGAUGUCUUUUAUUGUAGAUGCUGCUGGGAAAUUCUUUACGAUGUAGAUUCAAUGCUGCUGUUACCCUUAACACAAUAAACUGGGUUAAAGGAUAAAAAAUGUGUUUGACAUUGACAUCAUGCAAUUCUAAUGUUAAUAUGAAUGUUACGGUGGCCCUGAAGUGCAAAUCACAACGGCAAAUAGUAAAACACAACAAUAUAACUAAUAACUAAGGAUAAUAUAACUAUUGAUGAACUACAAUGAGGCUACGACAAAAAUAAUGAACUGCUGCGAAUAUCAGCUAAACUUAUGAUUAUGUGAAUGCAUGAGUGGAUGCCCACCUUCUGUUUUACCUGCUGAAAUACCUUUUUUAUUUUAUGAAAAUAUUUUUUGGCCAGAUGAAUACUAACAGUGUAUUACUUACCUUCCUUUUCUCAAAAUGGACACAUUUUCCGAUAUAAGAAGAUGCUUUAGGUGGGUCGCAUGAGAGAGAGAGACAGACUGACAAGGAGCCGGUGUGAUAAAGGUCAGUGGUCUACAGGUCAGAAGGAAAUGAGUGGAGUUUUUUUUUAUUUUUUACUGUGGUAGAAAUGUAUGAGCUCUCUCUCUCUCUCUCUCUCUCUCUCUCUCUCUCUCCCACACCGUUGCGCUCUCUGCGCAUUGCGGUUUAAAUGAACGACAACAAUAAACAAAUGCUGAGUGCUGAUUUUUGUGCUGAGUUUUGUGCAAUUUAAGGUUGUGCUUCUUGUAUCAAAUAUGGCAGGUUUCAUUCAGUGAUUGAAAAAAAAAUUAUUAACAUUAAUUGAAAAUUAUAUAUAGAGUAUAAAACCAACAUCGAACGCUCCAAGCAAGCUGUGGUAAACAUGGAACUUUUCCUUGGCAUAAAACGGCAAAUAAUCAAACCAGUGCAUAAAGCUGUUGUCGCCUAUCUAGUCUAUUUUAUUCAUGCAAUAUAAAGUCAGACAGACAGUCGCGCCGCUGCUGCCGCUGUUGUGUUUUUUUCUUUUUUGCAUUCAAAUAUUAUAUUAUAAUUUUCACAUUUGAAUAAAUGUUUUUAACAACUAUUCAAAUAUAUAUUCGAAUAUAGAAUAUUCGUUGACAGC